CUCAUGAUCUCCUCCCCUUAAAUCUUUCUCCUCUCAGUCACUUUCUUAGUUCUUCAUUAUCUUCAACAACCAAAAAAAAUCACCAUAAAAAAACAACAAAAUUUGUUAAAGAAAAAAAAAUGUCAGGUGGAGUUGGUCCAAGUAGUGACAUUCUUGAAGAGGAGAACACUGAACAAAUCAUGAACAAUUCCCAGAAAAGAACACAACAAAAAAACAGAGGAUUUUUCACUUUUCGACAGCUCAACGUCCUCGCAAUCAUAAUCAUCUUUUCUUCAAGUGGUAUGGUGAGUAUUGAAGAUUUCUCCUUCGUUCUAUUCUCCCUAAUUUACAUCUACUUCAUCUCCAAAAUUGCCUUUCCCCAAAUCUCUCCUAAAACAGAGCAGCCCCCUGUUUUCGGCGAAAAAAACAGAGUAUUAAAUCUUUAUGUUUCGAUUGGAGCUCUGGUUGGGUUAUUUCUCCCGAUACUCUAUAUUUUCGAAGGAAUUUACGAGGGAGAUAAAGAAGGUAUCAAGGCAGCAGCCCCACAUGUUUUCUUGCUGGCUAGUCAAGUUUUCAUGGAAGGAUUAACGUUUACCGAUCAAUUUUCGCUGCCUAUAAGAGUUUUUGUUCCAGUUUUUUACAAUUCGAGGAGGAUUUUUACGAUUAUGGAGUGGUUGAAGACUGAAAUAUCGAAAGUGGAUGAAGAAUAUGGAGGGAAUUUGAGGAGGGUGCAUAUGGGUAGAGGAUUAGCUACUGCUAAUAUGGUGUUUUGGUGUUUUAAUUUGUUUUGUUUUUUGUUGCCUGUGUAUCUUCCUAAGGCCUUUAAGAUAUACUACUGCGGCCGCAAAUCAAAAGAUUGAUUAAUGUUUAAUUUUUUGUUUUCAUCUUGCAAAGGAUUCAACUAGUUUUAGUAUGUAUAUAAAUGGUGACAUAUAAAUGGAUUUGUAUUUCUCUUUUGA